GAUAAAGCGAAGGAUGAAGCAGAGAUCCAAGCAACUCCGAAUGAGGUCGAGAACGAAGAAACAGCGGAUUACCAGGUUAUGCAGUGAGUGGGCUUUACAUGCAAUCAACAAUGUUGCAUGCGGCUGGGAAAGGGGGAGUAAGAUUAAGAACAUAUCAAUGGUGUGGCAGAAUGAGAUGAUUGGAAUAAAAUGGUCGGGGAAGCAUCAGGAAAUUAGGGCUGGUUUGGGUUUUGCUUUGUUGGAAGACGUUCAAUUUGUGGCUGAUGUUAUGGGAAGUGUGGGACUGCAGAUAAAUCCGAGAAUGGUUGAGAUAUCCAAUUCAGUGUAUCUUGGUAGAAUCGUCUUUGAAAGUGAAAGUGACUGGAUUAUAUGGGCAGAUUUGGUGAAGAAGCUUAAAACAAUGGUUUAGGUGUUGAUGGCUAGACUGGAUGAAGUGGUCUUGCAGUUUGGAAGAGCAGCAGUUUGUUUUGAAUGAUGUUGUUGGGUUCUUUUGUUUUAAAUCUAUCAAGUUUAAUGUAAUGUUUGG